AUGGAAUUCCGCAGUGCCUUGGGACAGGACCAGCGUUUGGCUUUCAGCAGAGCUAUAGAGACGAUCAAGAAAGUUUGGAGCAAUAUUAAGAUGAACCCGGCCAGCUCAGGCAUCACCGUCCUGCCAGACCUCUCGCCGAACGACAUCAACGUCAACACCGCCGUCCUUCACCUCCUCCCCACCCAACCGUCCAUCAGCCACCUGGUGACCACGUUCCUCAUCCAGCUGCAGAACAACUGCAUCGACACGGCGGCGCAGGUCACCAGGGAGAGGCAACGAAGAGGUGAAACCCUCCUCCGUGCUGGCCAUAACCAAGAGCGAUCUGGUGACCAUGGCGCUUACCAACUUGCAGUACGAGAUCGACGAAGACGGCACCAAGAGGACCCUUACUUCGACUUCCAGAUGCUCCAGCGGCAAGUGGUUCAUCGUUUCAUCAGCGGAAAGCCCCUUAUCAAGGCUCAGACGGCUCCAUCCGUUGCCCUCAACAACGUGAGGACCCUCCAGGCCACCAAGAUGAAAGUCAGGGAUCAAGUGCCGCAGGAGCCUCUCAGCAUCAACCAGCAGAAGCGCAUCAUGGAAGAAGCCCGCUCGGUCAACGCCCUCUCCAAGACCUUGGCCACCCUGAAGGUGGCUGCCGAAUUUCUGGCUGUGACAGGUGGGCACCCGGAGUGCCCGCUGCCCGAAUACGUCCGGCAGGAGCUGAAGAUGGACGCCGCCGCGAAACAAUUCCAGGACCUGCCGGUGGUGCCCAACGCCCGGCUGAAGCACAUCCUGGCGCUGUGGCAGGUCCUGGCGGCUCGCAGGUCCAUGCUGUUGGUACAGAUGAACCAGGAUCCGUUCUGCCUGGUACCCAAGGAGUUCCAAGGGCAGCUGGAGGCAAGCGAGGCGAAAGCCUUGGCCUCCGCGUUGUCCAACACCAACCUCGACCUCUUCCUCAUUGAGCUGCACGAGAUGAUCGCGGUGGCGCUGUCCGGAUAUCAACCCGAACAUGAGCUGAAGGACGCCUUUAUGUUCUUCCUGGAAGUCAAAGAAUUCCCCACCACGACCGUGGACACUCUCACGGAUGCCCUGGACCCCGGCAUUCCUGUCGGGAAGAUCCUUUCCGUCUGGAGGACGGCUGCGAAGACCAGUCAAAUCAACGUUCCCGCGUACGGCCAGGAGAGGCCAGCCAAGGCAGCCGUUAGCCCCGCUUCUCGCAACGACCCUGCUGGUGGCUUGUCCCCGUUGGGCGCAGAGGAACCGUCUACCCCAAUCCCAGCUCCGGGCUCAACGCACCAGUUGCCUGUGGGCUGCUGGGAGCAGCUCCGGCCUCCGAUCCCAAGCGUCCCUGUCCCUCCAACCGUACCGAGCCGCAGCAAGAACUUGGGAGACCGUUCCCACAGACGCAUCCCCAGUGGGAUCCGAGGAGCUGGAAGCCCCUCUACCACCCUGAUGUUGGUUGGAGAGUGGUUCCGUGUCCCCUCCGUGCCCAUCAGCGGUGGCCUCUUGUCCCGCCUCAUUCCUUCCUCUCCCUUCCGGCAUCAUUAAAUGCUCAAGGACC